AUGAUUGGUUACCGCCCGCUUUUCGCGUUUCUGAGCUUGCUCCGGUCCUUGGAAGGGGUUUAUCUAAAGUUGAAGAUGGUGCUGUUUAAGCGGAAACCGGUGCAAUAUCUGCCCAAACCCACAAUUGACGAUGAUAACUCUGAGGUCUGGGUUAUCCCGGAAACCAAUGAAGUGUUUACCAACUAUGACCACUUCCUGCAGCGAAUGAACUUUUAUAAACAGAGGCGAUUCAUUUGCGAAAUCACUGGCCACUCUUCCCUAACGUUCUUCGAGGCCCUGACGAGCGAGACCGAAGGAUCAAGAGAAGUCAACAGUGCAUUCCCAGAAUCCUUAAAAGAACCUGUCUUGCGUAGGGUUCAAUUCUCCACCAUAUCGCGCAUAGACAGUCUUGUCAGGGAGAAGGCAAAGUUCCCUGAAGUUAUGCAUGAAGGCAGGGUUGAGCGUCGUGCAAGCUCCCGCUACCUGGUCAAACUCACAAACCGCAAUAAUGAAGAGGCCCUGGUUGAUGAUGAACACCUUGUCCGUGACAGGAAAGUAUUCACUAAACAGAUGCUACGCUCCUUUAUCAAGAAUACCGUCACACGAGAGUCAUGGAGCGGCGCCCCCUGGCUAGUCAAGCCUCAAAUUGCUGAGCAUUUCCACAUCGACACCGAGGUGCCAAAACAUCUACAGUAUGGCAACAAAGCCGGCAAAAAAGCCAACGUGUCAGCCGAAAAGGAAGAAGAUGAGGCCAUGUUUGGUUUUUUUGCCUCGCAGAGCCGGCCGAUAAAUGCGAGAAAUAAGGGCCAGAAGGCAAAGUCGGCACACGAACUCGCCAAGGCCAAGGAAGAGCAGUACCUAGCAUACCGACGAGCGCUUAACGGCAACCCAUCAUUUAGGGUAGACAAAAAGGGGUUCAACAAGGAUGUCAUACCGCCUCCUGACCCUCACGAGAACUCCUUCAACGAAAUCUCAAUUGUCCUCAAACAAAAAUCUCCAACGCCGCUACCACCUCCAAUUAAAUACCCUAUUGAGGACUUGGACCUGCCACCACUGGACUCCUUUACCUUUGAUGAUUUUGUGGAGGCAAUCCAAUUUUCUUCGGACGACAUGGAUUGUGAGCUAUUAGUAGAGAUUCAUUGCGCCGUGCUAAAGACAUUAGUCAAUGCUGAAUCAGAUCAAGAUGGCGCAGUUCAAAUCUCGCUUCCACCUUUACCCGAAGAAGAGUCCGAAGCGGAGGAAGAAGAAAGUGAUCCGGAGCCGGAGCCGGAGCCCGAACCUCCAAGACGAACCACCAGGAGUAGCUUCGCAAAGGCACAAGCUGAACUUGCCGAAAUGGAACAGCAGAAGGCUCCUGAACCCGAUCCAGUGGAGGUCAAGAAGCAUUGUGCAGCUGACAUGUUCGUGGAGUAUGACUGGAUUGACCGCUUGCGGAAACGGGACUUCAAAAAUGGUGGAUGGGAGAUCAUCCUUGUUGGUUUACUAAAUCGACUAUCCUUGAAACCCAGGCUCAAGGAGGCUUGCGAGGAGAUAUUGAUUCACAUGGCACCUUUGGACGCAGCACCAACUCAGGAAACGGCCCGAGUCCAAUACUCUACCCUGGACGUCAACCUUCGCAUUCAAAUUCUGCAGAUAAUCUGUAUGCUGACCGUUGAAACAAGGGCGGUCAAGAAUUAUAUGGAGGAGUGCAGUAAUCAAAUGACCGAAUUCCGCAAGGAAAAAAUCGAGCUUCAACGUGCUCGUAAAGUUGUAACACUACUGAUUACCCUAACCGUGAGCAGUCUUGAGGAAAUUCGGCUUCUCCAUGAAGAGCGAAAGCAGCUCGAACCUGAGCAGCGGGAUACACCAACUCAGCAAGACGAGGAAAUGUUGGAUGCUCAGAUUGACGCAACAGAUGACACUGAAAGUGCUGCUACAGAUUCGGAUGCACCUACUGGCCCUUCCCUAAGAGGAGGAGUCGACAGAACUAUUGAACGUAAGCGGAAGCAGGAGGCCGAGAAAGAAAGAAAGGAGCAGGCUACCAAGGAACCGAAAGGCUCGAAGAAGUACCAGCGGGUCCUAAAGAAAAUGGAAGAUGAAAAGAGCAAGGUUGCUUCUAUCGAAAGUGAGAUCGCAGUCCUGGAUAACGACCUGAGAGAAGCAGAUUGCCCACGAACAAGGGUACUGGGAAAAGAUCGCUUUUGGAAUCGCUAUUAUUGGUUCGAGAGGAACGGCAUGCCCUAUGAAGGCUUACCUGACAGCUCUACUGCCUCAGCAAACUACGCCAAUGGUCGUCUUUGGGUACAAGGUCCCGAUGAAAUGGAACGAGAGGGCUUUAUCGAUGUUCCUGAGCAAGUGAGUCAAGAGUACAAACAGCGAUUCGGAACCACUGUUGCGAAACGGAAACAGGCUGAAGAAGGAUCCUCCGGCGUCUCUUCUGCCCAAGAAUGGGGCUACUAUGACACCCCCGAAGACCUGGACAAACUAAUGGAAUGGCUUGACACCCGAGGUGUCAGGGAGCUGAAGCUUCACAAGGAACUAAAACUUCAGCGCAACCAUAUUGCCAAAUACAUGGAGAACCGAAAGACCUACCUCACGGAGAACAAUACCCCUGCCGAAGAGCCCAACGAGCAACCAGCAAUGCGCAUGUCAACACGAACCAAGGGACAAGCCACAGCAGAUCACAAACGUGGGUGUCUCAAAUGGCGAAAUUUGACUGCUCUGAAGGAAUGCGGUCAUUUGCACGUCGAAUCAGCGCGGCCGACAAAACGCGCUAAGAAAGCUGCCGCUACUGAAUCUGCAAAGGAAACGAGAAUGACUAAUCGCCAGGGCAGGCCUCUUGGUCGACAGGGCACAAGAUAA